AGUACUAGAUCUGACCAGGGGUGGACUGACCAUUUGGAAACUCGGUCACUGCCCGAGGGCCCGGGGUCAGUAGGGGGCCCCAUGAGAUGCCCCUGGUACCUUUUUCAUAGGCUUUUUUGAGUUUGGGCAAGGACACAGGGGCCCCAUGAUCCCCUAUUGCCCGGGGGCCCCAUGAGUUGUCAGUCCGCCCCUGAUUCCAGAAGCAUUGACUAGCAAUAAAAUCCAAUAGAACCCAAUCGAAUCCAAUAAUUUUGAGUCCUAAUCAGAGCAGGAUGGGACAGAAUAUCUUCCAGUGGGGA